AUGCCACGCUGGAACCCCCUCAUCCUCAGCCUGGCCGGCCUCCUCCACCAGGCGGGCCAGGCCGCCAGCCAGGACCCCGGCCCCUUCGACCCCUCAAAGGCCGUCAUCCCGCCCAUGCUGCGCUUCCAGUGCUCGCAGCUGGUCGUCGAGCGCCUGGACCCCCUCGUCAACCCGGGCUCCGUGCCGUCCCCGCACCUGCACCAGAUCGUCGGCGGCGACUCCUUCAACGCGUCCAUGGAGCCCGCGGCGCACGACCCCGCCGCCCGGUCCGGCUGCACCUCGUGCACCUUCAGCCAGGACUUUUCAAACUACUGGACCGCCGUGCUGUACUUUCGCGCCCGCAACGGCACCUACAAGCGCGUGCCGCAGGUGCCGAGCGAGGGGCUGAGGGGCGUCGGCGGCAUCACCGUCUACUACAUCCCGCCGCUGGGGCAGAACAAGACGACGGCCUUUAAGCCCGGGUUCCGCAUGCUCGUCGGCGACGUCGGGCUCAGGGGCCCCGCGCCCCAGGGCAAGGUCGACCCCAAGGUGUGCCAUCGGUGCAUGCCCAAGACCGGGGACAGCAACAACCUGAACUGCGCGCCGCCCGACAGCGUGACGCUGCCGAAAAAGUUCUGCGCGGGCGGCAUCAGGAGCGUCAUAACCUUCCCCACGUGCUGGGACGGCGUCAACCUGGACAGCGCGGACCACAAGAGCCACGUCGCGUAUCCGGUCAAGGGGACCAUCAAGGACAUGUACGACUACGACGGGGGCGUCUGUCCCGAUAGCCACCCUGUCAAGGUCCCGCAGGUCAUGUAUGAGGUUAUUUGGGAUACGACACCGUUCAAUGACCCGGACCUGUGGCCCGAAGACAAGUCGCGGCAGCCUUUUGUGUGGAGUAAUGGUGAUGAACACGGGUACUCCCAGCACGGUGACUACGUCUUCGGGUGGAAGGACGACGCCCUCCAGCGCGCCAUGGAUGACCGCUGCUUUGGCGACGUCUGCAAGAGUAUAGAGACGCAAUCUCCCGAAAAGGCGGCCGAGUGUGUCAAGAGCAGGACAGUGAACGAGGACAUUGACGGAUGGCUCACUGAUCUUCCGGGCAUGGCGGGUAUGAAGAAAUGA